UAUAGCUUGAGGUACCACCGCACCGAAUCUCCCAUUCAACAUCACUACCAUAUCUGUUUUCUCCGCCAUCUGCCAUUCAUUCCGCUGCACGUUCGGGCUCAAGGCUCUAAAAAGGGCUUCUGGUUCUGAGACUGCGACGCCGCACAGUUUUCGUUGCGACUCUUGCGACUUCGACAAGCUUUCCCGCCUUGCAUGCAAGAUUUUGCAUGAUCGUCUAAAACACAUCUCGUGCGCCGUUGGGGCAUAUCAACAAUGGACACUAGCUAUCUUGCUCAACAAGUUACCACCAUCAUUGGACAGCUCCAUGGUCUGUUCGAUGAUAUUGGUGUACCAAGCCACGAAAGAGAUUCUCGAGAAGCUGAGCUCUUCUCUGCGCUUUCCGAAACUCUACAUAACCAACUCAAGAUCGUCACAAAUGAGAAGCAUGAGCUCACCGAAGAAGCACACCGUCUGGUGUCGACUAUACAACAAAUGGAAGACUCACUCGAGGACGUAAAACCAAAUCACGCUUAUCCAGUUGACACCGCAAGCACACAAGUCACAUAUCCGCUCAUGCGAUGCAUACAAGGUCUAAAGGAGAAAUACAACGUUGUUCAUAAGCUACACAAGGAGCGCCUUGAGCAAGUCAAGAAACUUGUUGAAGCGCUCGAAUCGUAUUCUGCACAUCUUGAACCGUCAUUCAUCAAGAUAAAGCUACCACCUACCUCGCCCAACGCCGUGGUUCCACCAACUUUCGAUCUCUCCCCUGCCUACGUACAAUCUGUCGAUGUUGAGUUCACGAGAGUGUAUGAAGAAUACACACGACGCGUCGACGUAGUCCGAAGCACAUGCGAUGAGAUGAUCAAGCUGUGGGCUGAGCUGGGAACGCCACAGGCGCAGACUGACACUACAAUCGUCAAAUACGCACGCGACGCGCCUGAACAGUUAGGUCUGCACAAGGACGACCUCGAACGAUUGAAAGCGAAGAAAGACAAGCUUGUGGACGAGAAACGAGCUCGUGAGCGCCGGCUCAAAGACCUCAAAACACAGAUUGAGGUAUUAUGGGAGAAGCUCCAGUACGAUGAGUCGAAAAGAAAACAGUUCCUGUCCAGUAACCGCGGCUGUGGCUUAAGAACUAUCAACGAAUUCGAGAGUGAACUUGCACAACUAAUCGAGCUGAAACGACAAAACCUUCAUCUAUUCGUUGAGGAUGCUCGUUACAAGCUUCAGGAGCUAUGGGACGGCCUGUACUUUUCCGAGGAAGAAAUGAUGGACUUUACUCCCGCAUUCUCUGAUGUUUAUAGUGACGCACUACUAUCUGCCCAUGAAAAUGAGAUCGCACGUCUGGAAGCCCUGCGGGAACAGCGUGCUCCGACUUUAGAGCUCAUAGACAGGCACCGAACCCUAGUUCAGGAACGAGAUGAUUUGCAAGCUUCAAGUCAAGAUGCGUCUCGUCUCAUGGCUAAGGGUAGCAAAGGAGAGAAGCGCGACCCUGGCAAACUGCUCCGUGAAGAAAAAAUGCGCAAACGAAUCUCGAGAGAACUGCCAAAGCUUGAGGCAGAGCUCAAGAAGGUCCUGGAAAGAUGGGAAGAUGAGUAUGGCCGCCCAUUUUUGGUUCAUGGUGAGCGAUACCUGGAUUCUAUUGCUGCGAAGUCAACAUCGUCGAAGCCAGCACCAGCUCGAGCGAAGACUCCGUCAGCUCCACCACCGCAGGCGAAGUCCGCAAAGUCUGCACCACCUAGUCGGGCUGGUACCAUGCGUGGACCGCCACCAACCAGAUCUAAAACGCCCGUGAACAUUAGCAUGUUAGGUGCAAGUGUCACGAGGAAUAAUUUCUCCAGCUCUGUGUCCGCAGCAGCUCAGGCCAGAAGUACGAAUAAGAGUCCUUCCCGUCUACCAACUAGCACAACUCGUCAACCACUGAAGGGGAUGCCAUAUGGUGGAAAUUCUCCAGAGCGUCCGCAACCAUCAAGAGCGGACUCACAAACGAUACGAAAGAUGGCCCCGCCGCGGGCUCCGCCGCCAAAAAUGAAAGACCUCUUCGUUCCACCUCCUGCACCUUCACCUACACCACACGAUUUCGAGGACCCGCGAAGUGGUAGCAUUGUACGUCACAUCGCGCCUGAGGACCCAUACGGCGGCAGCAAUGCCUACCAUCACCACCAACCCUCAAUGAUCCGCCACGACUCCCAUGAUAACCCACGCCACCAAUACCAGCCCCAUCACCAAGACGACCAGUAUUCCAACUACUCCUCUCAUGCACCCUCAUACACGUACUCGCAGUCAACAGUCUCUAGUACACGCCAGAUUUCGUCAUCUUCGAACAAUACAGCUGCUACUACAGCGUCAGGAAGUGAAAAUUGGGAAACAUAUGAUGACAACUCGGAGCCAGAGGUCGAUGCUAGUGACGCCUACUAUGCGAAGAUGCGCCAGGCUGCGAGUCGUGGAAAGAGAUUCACGCCCGAUGGGGGCUAUCCUGCACCAGCAGGUGGCCAGGCGAAGCGAGUCAAAGGAAUACGAAGUGUCGAAGACCGCGGCGAGACAUAUGCUGAGCACGGAGGUCAAAUGGUACGUGUUGAAGGGAGUGAAGCAGGUUGGGAAGAUGAAGAGGCAUAUUGAGCGUGCUUAGUGCGUUGUGCCUUUGCGCGGACAUCUUAUGCUGACCUAGGCAUUUGUCUUGGCAUGUGCACCGGGUGCAUUUGACGACGGACGACUUAUUAUGAUCACGACUACGGGUGCUAUGCGCCACGAUCCUUUCUGGGUCGUUGUCUUUGAGGUUUGAAGGUUCUUGUAUACUACUAGAGUUUUAUCUGCGCGCGCAGCUGGAUGUGGCUUCUACUUCUGAUUCUCUUUCGGUUUUAACAUGCAUUUCUUGUUGUUCCUUUCACGUCUUCGAUUUAGAAAUCGAAUUGGGUGAUAGCGGCGUAACGUGUUUUCGGGUGUUUCGAUGCGGAUGGUGCAUUUGACCUUGUCUGCGUGAGGUGGUACCAGAGUCGCAUAAUAUUAGCUAGUAACAACAACGUCUGUUCCUGGAGAGCCGGACGGGACCAGCAUGUAUGUGUUGUGGAUUUCAAUAAACCUCGUAGCAAUCGUGAAUUCACAAAUGAUGUACGGU